CAUCACAACCACCGCCCACUAUUGCCACGCCACGGAGCUCUGGCAGAACAUCGGCUUGCAUCACCAGGCCUGGGAGGGGCUCGGUCUCGCGGUCUCGCCGCCAUUGGCUGCCACGGCACUACCGACGGCUUUACGGUACAGGAGGGGCGGCGAAAGAGGAUGUUGUACAUGUCCCUUCCACGCUGCGGAGAGACGACUCAUCUGGGCUCCGGCAUGCUUGUUCUCCGAUUCACGUCAUCCUAAAGCCGCCCGAAGCACAAAGAAAUGCCCGCCGAGUCACGCCGACACAUUGUUCAGGCACCGCGGGGGGAGAAAAGCAUGUAACCGGCUAGAGUGGCACCGGCGGGGCGGCAAAGAGUGGCACCACCUGGCACUUCUUUCUCCUUCUUUCCUGUUGUUUUCCAGCUGAGAGUGACGCCUCUUCUUCCUCCUCGUUUUUCUUUGGGAUCUUUUGCAGUGUGCGCAAAAUGAGCGAGGAAGUGUCAGAGGUCCCUAAAGAGCUUAUGGAGAGCGUGCGGGAUGCAGUGGGGAGGAAGGUGAAGCUGUCACUGAGAAAGAAAGUCAAACUGGAGAUCAAAGGAGACAAGACGGAGAAUCGAGUCUUGGCUCUUGCAUCUCAGCGAGCAUACCUCCUGACUGCACGUAUUCCCACCAAGGUGGAACAUUCUUUUAAUUACCUGGAGAUUCAAGGAAUAGCUUCUAACAAGCCAACACAGUUGUUUAUAGAAUAUGAGCGAGGCUCCUUCUCUCUGAAGCUGCUCUCCACUGAGGAGGUCAAUGAAGUGGUUGCUCAUUUGGGAAACUGUCUCCUAAGAAUAUGUCCAGGUCUUCCACCCAGUAAAGUUAUGAAAAAGCUCAGCAUGGAGCCUGCAGACAGGCUGAACUCUCUCCAGACGAUGUGGGAGAAUAACAAACCUGCUGACCCUGGACCAUGUGGUGGCUUUUCACAGAUGUACAGGUGUGUUUGUGACUGGUUGUCGCUGCCAUACAGAGAAGAGGUUCAGUGGGAUGUUGAUACCAUCUAUUUGACACAAGACACCAGAGAACUUAACUUACAGGACUUCAGCCAUCUAGAGAACAGAGACUUGGUGGCCAUAAUUGCAGUGCUAGAGUUCAACCAGUGGUUCACCAAGCUCGCCACUAAGGACUACAAGCUGUCUGCAGAUGUAUGUGAACAGAUCCUUCGGGUGGUGUCUCGGUCCAGCAGACUUGAGGAGUUGGUACUAGAUAACGCAGGGCUCAAAACUGAUUUUGCCCAGAAGCUUGCUGCUGCACUCGCUCACAACCCCAGCUCAGGACUCACCACCAUCAAUCUGGCCAACAACCAACUUGAGGACAGAGGUAUCUCCUCUCUUGGUGUUCAGUUUGCAAAGCUUCGUAUUGGGAUUAAGCAUUUAAACUUCUCCAAAACCUCAGUGUCACCCAAAGGGGUGAACAGCCUUUGUCAGUCACUGAGUGCCAACCCGUCCAUCCCCAGCAGUCUCGUCCACCUGGACCUCUCAGGGAACAUUCUCAGAGGAGACGACUUGCAGCAUUUCUACCAUUUUUUGAGCCAACCCAACCACCUGACAACCCUUGACCUCUCCAACACGGACUGCUCAUUGGACCAGGUUUGUUCUUCUCUCCUGCGUGGGUCGGUCCAACACCUGUCUGUCCUUAAUGUUUCAAAGAGCGUCUUCCCUCACAGGAAAGGCAAAGAGGUGCCGCCAUCAUUUAAGCACUUCUUCAGCAGUGCCAUGUCUCUCAGUUUCAUCAAUGUGUCUGGAACAAAGCUGGUGCCAGAUGUCCUCAAAGCUCUCCUGCUCGGCCUGGCCAGUAAUCCCAACGUGAAGGAUGUGUCUCUAGACAUCAGCUGCUGUGAGUUGCGGUCUGGAGGCUCCCAAAUACUGGAAGGUUGCAUUGCAGAGAUUCCAAACAUCUCCAGUCUAGAUAUCUCUGACAAUGGCCUGGACUCUGAUCUGUCCACUCUGCUCAUAUGGUUGGCUAAAAACCGUUCUAUAAGACACUUGUCUUUAGGAAAGAACUUCAACAACAUCAAGUCCAAAAACCUUGCUCCAGUGUUGGAUAGUCUAGUCCAUAUGAUCCAGGAAGAAGAGUCGCCCCUUACUUCACUGUCUUUAAGCGACUCUCGACUAAAGAGCGAUCUAACCAUUGUUCUGAAUGCGCUGGGCAGCAACUCAUCGCUUACCAGAAUAGACAUCAGCGGUAACGCAAUGGGCGAUAUGGGCGCCAAAAUGCUGGCCAAGGCAUUGCAGAUCAACUCCAAACUCAGGACAGUGAUCUGGGACAAAAACAACACCGGUCCACAAGGCCUACAGGAUGUCGCAGCAGCUUUGGAAAAAAACUUCGCUAUCCGUUUCAUGCCCCUCCCCAUCAUUGACGCCUCCCAGGCUUUGAAGGCCAGUCCAGAAAAGACAGAGGACGCCUUGCUUAAGAUUGAAAAUUAUCUGUACAGAAACCAUGAGACCAGGAAGUACCAACAAGAGCAGGCAUAUCGCCUUCAACAGGGCAUUGUAACCACAACCACACAGCAGAUGAUGGACCGGAUUUGCGUGAAGGUGCAGGAUCACCUAAACUCUCUGAGAAACUCUGAGACUGACGUCAUUUUGGAAGACGUCAGGUCGGCAGAAAGCCUUAUCAAAGAUGCAAGGAACUCGAAAACGCUCCUCCCUAAUCUCUACCACCUGGGAUCAACCUCCAGAGAGGAAGUUCACAGGGCUUCAGUAGGUCCGAUUCAGGAGAAACUGGAGUCUAUGGCAGGAGAGGUGACUUCUGUCAUGGACCAACAGCUACAGACACUGUUGGAAUCUAUGAUGGACGCAGCGGAGUCUCUGUGUCCUCACGUGAUGAAGAGAAGUAACCUUCGCUCAGACCUUGUAAAGGCCAGCUCAGCAAAGAUGGUCGUCCCCAAGAGCUUUGUCACCAAAACUCUCUUGGAGCAGUCCGGUAUUGACAUCAUCAAUAAGAUUAGUGAGGUGAAGCUGAGUCUUGCCUCCUUCCUGUCCGAUCAUAUUGUUGACGAGAUCUUAGAGGCGCUUUCGACUUCACAACACACUCUGGCAGACCAUCUGGUGCAGAGAGGGCGCCCCCUGGUGCAGCAGGAGUCAGUAGACAUGGACGCUCCAGAGGAAAGGAUUCCUAAACGAGCAUCCGCUGAGAUCCUGGAGGGCGAGAGACUGGAAGACCUGGAGUCAUGCAUGAUGACUCCAAAGUCCAAAAGAAAAAGCAUCCAUACUCGAAUGCUGAGGCCAGUUUCACGUGCCUUUGAGAUGGAGUUUGACCUAGACAAGGCACUGGAGGACGUACCGGUCCAUGUUGAAGACACUGCCGCUCCAUCCCACACUCCUCCAACUCCAUCUCAGCCAUCAGCAAAAGUGGAUCCCCGCGUGCCAGGAGGGGUUUUAGAGCUUCCAUCUGAGGAGGAGAAAAAGCUGAAGCACUUUACGAAACUAAGACCACGCAGAAACAAAAAAACACACUCCAGUAAAAUACCACAAAUGAGCAAUACCCCCUCUCAGGACGGGGAGCAGAAUGGUCACAUAGGAAGGGUGGACGAGGGUGUGGAUGAAUUUUUCUCUAAAAAAGUCACCAAGAUAGAUUCAAAACGUUCCAUCAAGAGCUCUGAAUCUCACGAUGGAGAGAAGAAGAAGAGCAAAGGAGGCUUCCUCAACCUAAUCAAACGCUCUUCUAAAUCUGACAAAUCUGAUAAAUCAGACAAAAAUCAGGUGACCCCACCAUCUUCAGCUACAUCCAAUGCUUCUUUAGCCUCAGCUUCCAGCAUUGCUGAGGAACCUUCCUCUCCAAAGCCGACAGUAAAGAGCCCAGCACCCGAGCCAAAGUCAAGAGAUUCUUCAAGUCGCUCACAGCCUGCAGACUACAGCAGUAGCUCAGACCGUUCAGAGGAGCUGAGAACACCUGACUCCAUAGAUGAGCCGUGGGAUACCUCCGACGGCCGAGGGAGUCCUCAGGGUGGACGGCGGUACCCGGCCAUGCAGAUAAUGGGUAGUGGGCUGCUGGCAGAGAUGAAGGCCAAGCAGGAGAGGAGAGCACACAAGUCUUCCAGCCCUGAUAGGCCUGACAGUAAUUCCACAGGUUCUCCAGAGAAGACCUCAGCUCGUGUUGAAACCAAGCCUGAUCCCGCUCCUCGUGCUCGGGUUCCAUCUUCCUCGAGCUCCUCAGGGGGACCAGUGAGUCCUAAACCACUAAUGCCUCAGGGAGCAAAGCCUGCUUUGUCUGCCCGACCCUCCUUGCCACACAAGCCGAGAACAGCAAGCAGUAGGAGCAUAGAUGAAAACUUGGAUGCCCCCAAUGGUGAGGGGGUGUCUCCGAAAGCCACGGCUUCAUCACUGAAGAAGGCUUUACCAGAAAAAGACAAGGAAGCCCAUAACAGUUUGCAGCCUGGAAGUUCUGCCAAUAAAUCCACUCAGGAAGGGAGAAAGGCAUUUGGGUCUGAAUCCAGUACGCGUUCCAGCCAUCAGCGUGCCAACUCUGACGACCACGCCCCCUUCAAGACCAAGGGACCAUCAACUAAGUCAGACAAGGACAGAACAGGCAAAGAAUCGACAGAGCCUGAAAAAGAUGCUGACAAAGAAAUGAUUUUAAUAUGAACUCAUUGGGAACAAAAAGCCAUUAACUUCCCUUCAUAAGGUUUUUAAUGAUUUGACCCCUCAAAGUACAAAUUAGUUUGUGUAGUGCCAUGCAAGUAAUUCUUCUCAUGAUACUCUUUCUACUGCUAAACCAAAACUCAGAGCUUCCGUCUGCCACAAUUGAUUUCAUGUAUUAAUCAUGUGACCCGACAUGUAGCCGCUAAAUAGAGGCUGGGAAAUUACUUGCUAAUGUCCAAGUGCCCCAAAGGUACCAAACACCUAACAACCAUCACUGUACUGUACUUGAAGUCUGCUUUACAACCACAACCUAAUGGCAUUUUCUUCUUUCUAAGACUUUUUCUACACACUGAAAUCUGCUUUUUCGGAUCUAUUAUGCAACCCGUCUUUCUCCACAGGACGAUACAUGUUGAGCUGAGCAUCUCAGCACAAAUCACGCUUCAUGUAGCUUCGCUGAGAGUCUGAGGACCAGACAAGCGAGUAAAGGAAUCACCCUGUGAGGACUGUCUGGGAGACUUUUGCUGAGCGACUGUUAAGGAGUUAUAUUAUUACACCACACCCUUUAACUGCAGGGGUCUGUUUGGAGGCUGUCUGCUGUUGAGGCUACAUUGCAAUAUAAGAAGGAGCUGUGCUGCAUGCCGUUUUUGUUUUUUUUGUCAAAUUGUCGUUUUUUCUCUCUUAACGUUUGUACAGUGAGGGCUUCCAACCUUAAUUGCUUGAAUGCAACGUUUGCGGACAAUUGUCCAAAAGUGAACUGGAGGUGGGGGGAGGGGAGAUGGUUGAUUUAUUGUAUAUACUCUUUUCAGCACAUGCCACAUAUCAGGUUUUGGUGCAGCAGAUGCUCUUUUUGACACUGCGUUACAACAUGUCCACUCACUGUUCUGCAAGUGCACUGAGAGGGACGCAGGAUUCAUCCAGAUUGGAUUGAUGGAAGUUCUUCAGCCGUCCUGGGCUUGUUUUUUUUAGGGGGGGUAGGACUUUGUGCAAGGCCAGAGACGCACAAAACACAUUUUCCCAAACUGGCUUCCACAAACAGAUUUUGACAAAAUUGCUGUAUCAAAGUCAUAACUGAGGAUUAUUUAUUGAAUGAUGGUACUUUUUUGGAUAUAUAAACAAGUAAGUAAUAACAUUUAUUCAUUAUGACUCCUUCUGUUUUGGCUCUGAUACAGCUUCCAAAGGUGGGCUGCUUGUCCGUCUCACUGCCUUUUACACAACAAACGUUUCAGUAUAAAACGAGCUAAUAGCUAAGUAUGUUGUUGCGAACAACACUGUUCUUGUUGUACAUACUGUAAGAACCUGAUGUCAGGCAACAUUUGUUUGUAUUUAUUUCUGUCCUCGACGUCACCUAUUUUGUCAAAAAGCACAGGUGUUCAUAAGAGUGUGCACGUGCACACAAAGUGUUGCUGCAGCUGAAUAUGACUCGGCGUGUGUUUGGGACUGCAUGAUGUGCACUGUACUGUACUGUACUGUAUGUAAAUAGUAUGUUCCUCUAAACCUGCAGGCGUGUGUGUAACAAAUGCACAUGUAAUAUGCACACUGUGACUGUUGUUUCUCUGCUCACGCCUGUGUGAACAUGUUUGGCCACACUGCUUGUAACAAGUUUGGGAUAACAUCCAACAUCUUCGUCAUUGUUGUUUGCCCCGACUCACAUGUACAUUGUGUUUAUAAAGCCAAAAUUGUUUCUAUGUAUGCAUUUGUUCUAACAUUUCUCUUAUGAGUCUCACUAAAUACUAAAGACUCGUUUGCACAUAUUUACUUUCGCUGUUAAUCAUUGUGUUCUGCGGGUGUCCAUGUGAUCAGUUCUGAUUAAAAAUGAUUUGACUGUCCUUAAAA